UGUGUGGUCUGCUUAUAGUUGCUUCUGGAAAACAGAAGGCUGUUGACGAAUUGAAUGAUAGUUUCGUAGGCAACAAUGCUGGGAUACAUUUGAACGAAAGAUUUAAAUUCGGCGUGCAGGGUGCAUUUGAGAAAAUUGAAUCGUUAUGGGAUAUUAAACAUCGCGGUAAAUGUUAACGAGAAAAGGUCUUAUGCUAAUUGUGGAUGCCUCUCAGCGAUUCUGAGCACUAGCUAUUUAAAGAAAAUAGAGAAAUACAUUCUGUGUGCCAUUCACGAAUGCGAGGAAUCUGUUCAUGAUUUAUGCUGGAAGAGGAACCUUUCCUCUCGUCAUGCAAGUAGAAGCUUCAGCGCUUCUCAAAUAUAGACAUAAGAUUUUUUAAUAGCACAAAAACGAGCUUGACACAUAACACGAGAUCGCUUCGUCUGUCAUACAAUCGAUAAACGAGAUUAACUGCGGCGCACGGAAGUAAAGAAAGGAGAUGCUUGAAAGCUACACGUGACCCUGGAUGGAGUGAGGCCUUUUCACAAUAUCAAUUCCAAAUGGACCCGCCUUCCCAGGAACUAUAAAAAAGUAAGAAAGCAUCCUUGCUUGGAGGAUAACAGACAGGAAUUCCAAUGCCCCCGGAACAACUGGCCUAAAAUGGGACAUUGAAGCAGAGCCUGGUUAACACCUGUCAGGAGAUCUUCAGCAGCAGUUAAAUGAAUCGGGCUUGUUAGCAGCGCUAACAAUGAAGGGGUUAUCAAGCAGCCGAAGCCACCACCACGCCGUGGCGUGCGACUCCUACGACUCCCUGGUGCACCACUCGGACCGCAAGCCAUACCUGCUGAACCCGUCCGACCCCCACCCUGCCGACCACCCCUACUACGCCCAGAGGAACUCCUUCCAGUCCGAAUGCGUGGUGCCCUACGGCACGUUUCCCCGAAGGCACUACAGUUCCCACCAUGAGCUCAAGGACGAGUGUGCCCUGGUGCCCUACACCGGCGUGCCCAACAAGGGCAACCGCCUCCCCCCCACCCUGCUGGACCAGUUUGAGCGGCAGCUGCCCAUCAACCGCGACGGCUACCACACCCUGCAGUACAAGCGGAUGGCUGUGGAGCAGCGCAGCGACAGCCCCGGGCGGAUACGCCACCUGGUGCAUUCGGUGCAGAAGCUCUUCACCAAGUCCCACUCCCUGGAGGGGCCGUCCAAGGGCAGCGUCAACGGCAACAAGGCCAGCCCCGACGAGGUGCCCACCAUCAAGCACCGCAAGAGGAGCAAGAGCCGGGACCGCUGCAAGUCCGCCGAACCCAAGCACCGGCCCAACACCUCGGGCUACUGGAGCUCCGACGACAACCUGGACAGGGACAUCUGCCUCUACCACAGCCCCUCGGGUGCCAUGACCAUUGGCCGGCACCCGGACAAGUCCCAGUCGCAGUAUUUCAUGGAGGCUUUCAACACGAUCAGUGAACACACUCUUAAAACAUCCCGCAGCAAUAACGAUGUUAAAUGCACCACCUGUGCAAGUAUCCCCCUAAACAUGGAUGCACAGCUCAUGAAGAAGAGCUCGUGGUCGUCCACUCUUACGGUGAGCAGAGCACGCGAAGUCUACCAGAAGGCCUCAGUAAAUGUAGAUAAAACGCUAAUGAAAUCUGAGACAUGUCAGCAGGAGCGGUCAUGCCAGUUUUUGCAGGUUCCGCAGGACGAGUGGAGCGGCUUCUCGCCCCUCGGGAAGGACGACGAGAUCCCCUGCCGCCGCAUGCGCAGCGGGAGCUACAUCAAGGCCAUGGCGGACGAGGACAGCGGCGACUCGGACGGCAGCCCCAAGCCCUCGCCCAAGAUCCAGGCGCGGCGGGCCAGCUACCUGAAGGCCACCCAACCUUCCCUGACCGAGAUGACCACUCUCAAGAUCUCUACCGAGCACUCCCCCAAACUGCAGAUCCGAAGCCACAGCUACUUGAGGGCGGUGAGUGAGGUUUCCAUCAAUAGGAGCCUGGACAGCUUGGACCCCGCAGGGCUGCUCGGCUCCCCUAAAUUCCGCUCGCGAAACGAGAGCUACAUGAGGGCCAUGAGCACCAUCAGCCAGGUGAGCGAGGUGGAGGUGAACGGGCAGUUCGAGUCGGUGUGCGAGUCGGUGUUCAGCGAGCUGGAGUCCCAGGCGGUGGACGCCCUGGACCUGCCCAUGCCCGGAUGCUUCCGCAUGCGCAGCCACAGCUACGUGCGCGCCAUCGAGAAGGGCUGCUCCCAGGACGAGGACUGCGGCCCCAUGAGGGCCAUCUCGCCCCCGCGGACCACCACCACCGUCAGGACCAUCCAGAGCAGCACAGUGUCGUCAUGCAUCACCACCUACAAGAAGACCCCGCCCCCGGUGCCCCCCCGCACCACCACCAAACCUUUCAUCUCCAUCACAGCCCAGAGCAGCACCGAGUCGGCCCAGGACGCCUACAUGGACGGCCAGGGCCCGCGCAGCGACAUGACCAGCCAGUCGGGCCUCAGCAACUCCACCGAGAGCAUCGACAGCAUGAAGGCCCUGACGGCCGCCAUCGAGGCCGCCAACGCGCAGGUGCACGGCCCCGCCAGCCAGCACGUCAGCAACAGCACCAUCACCAUCACCGCCACCACGUCCGCCAUCGCGCAGAUCGCCGAGGACAACAAGAGGGACGCCUUGCGGAAGUGCCUGUCCAUCGGCAUACAGGUGGAUGGGCCUGAGGAUGCCCUGGCCCUGGAGGAGCACUCCAAGUUCCAGUCGGUGGGGAUCCAGGUGGAGGACGAGAGGUGCUACCGCAGGUUCACCCGCUCCAACAGCGUGACUGCGGCCGUGCAGGCAGACCUGGACACCCUGGAGGUGCUGGACGGGCCGGCUGACUCGCCCGACAUGGAGCUGCCGUCCUCGGGCCCCCUGUCCCGCCAGUACUCCCGGGACGCCUGCACCUCCACCGUCAGCAUCCAGGGCUCCGGCAACCACUACCACGCCUGCGCCGCGGACGACGACUACGGCGACGUGGGCUUCGACCCCUCCAUCCUGCCCCCGCCCGACCCCUGGAUCGACAGCGUGACGGAGGACCCCAUGGAGGUGGUGCAGCGGUCCGUGUGCCAGCGGGACGGCCGCUGGUUCCUGAAGCUGCUGCAGGCCGAGACCGACCGCAUGGAGGGCUGGUGUCGCCAGAUGGAGCAGGACGAGAUGGAGAACGACCUGCCGGACGAGAUCCUGGGGAAGAUCCGCAGUGCUGUGGGCAGUGCUCAGCUGCUGAUGUCACAGAAGUUCCAGCAGUUCCGGGAGCUGUGUGAGGAGAACCUGAACCCCAACGCCCACCCCCGGCCCAUCUCUCAGGACCUGGCCGGCUUCUGGGACAUGCUGCAGCUGUCCAUCGAGAACAUCAGCCUCAAGUUUGAUGAGCUUCACCAGCUCAAAGCCAACAACUGGAGACCCCUGGAGAUACCGGAGAGGAAGGAGAGACGGAUGCCUCCUCCUGUGCCAAAGAAACCCCCGAAAGGCCACCCCCCCCUGGCCAGAGAUAGGUCCCUGGAGAGCACGGAGAGGCAGCGCAUGGAGGCGCGGAAACGCCUGAUGGCCGCCAAGCGGGCGGCGUCGGUGCGGCAGAACUCGGCCACAGAGAGCGCAGACAGCAUCGAGAUCUAUAUCCCCGAGGCCCAGACCAGGCUAUGAGUCCCAGAGUCACACCGCAAACACGCGCACGCUCAGUUACACAAACAGACACACGCGUGCGCAUAUAUAUAUAUAUAUAUGCACACGCACACACAUACACAAACACACACGCGCACACAAGCAGGCGCACACAGUUAAUCACGCUGAAGGGCAAGGGCAGGGCGCUUUGUAAUAUAAUCCCUCCCUUUGUUUCCAUCGAUCAGACGGUGGGCAGGAUUACCACUAUGUCUAUUAUAUUUCGGUUAUAUUUCAUUUCUUUCUCUCCGCCCCCUUCUCCCCUCAGAUUAGAACGUUGUCAUGCCGAUUAGAACGUUUCAGUUCACACCUGUGAUGUAGCUUCUCUGCCAACUCCCUUGAAAUAUUUUUGUGACCCCUUGUUUAAAUCGUUUCCCACUAAUAAUAAACGGCUUAGCCUCACAAACUAAUGUAUCAUAGCCACCCAGCAUUACUGUAAAGUGUUUCUGCCCAUUAGUCAACCUUUAUGUUUGAACCGUUGAGGUAGGCAAACCCUGGCCAUAUGACGCAGAAAAACUCUUCACAGUCGUCUGAGUAGGAAUUAGACCAUUAGACGGGACAAAGAGGGGAAACACACCGAUCCUCCUGUCCCCUCUCCUGUCGUCUCGACGAUCUCGACGUUUCCCCGGAGAGAGCGACGUGUAAACAACCCGGAAACGCGCCCAAGCUGCUGGCGGCGCUCGGAGUCGCGCCUCCGCGCCUGAGCCGUAACUGUCACUGUCACCUGCCGCAGCUCUGCGGACAGGGAGGGGAGGGAGAGAAGCUCGUCACACGCCUGCAGCUACGGUAUCCACCAACACACCCCGCAUCCAUUACCUCACCGAGAGCUUCGUGCUUCUGUUUGCUUUUGUCCGUUAGCGAUUUAGUGCUAGCAGCAACGCAGUCUGGGGGAGGUGCAAGCGUUACGAGAACAGAGUCCAUUACGCCGAAACGGAUCCUUCUUAAAGCGGAGGCCUAGCCUGGAAGAACGAAAACUGUCAAUAACAGCAGUACACCGCAAACACGUAGGCGAGAGGUUCAAUAUAAAUAAUUAAUGGAUCUACAUUUAGGAGGACUCCGCUGCUUUGUGGGGGGUUUUUUUUCCGUUUGUUUGUCAUGCAUAUAACCUACUCGUUAUUGUGAAUGUUUGCAACUGCGACUUCUAGAGACAAUGUAUUAACACUCGUGUUGCCAUCCGUUCGGACUUUUAGAAAGACAUUCUGGAUAUUCUAGGUCAUAUUCUUCCUACCUGUUUUGUAAAAUGGGGUUUUUUUGGGGGGAGGGGUGCGGGUUGUAAGUGAAUUUGUACAUUUAUUGAUCAUCGGUGGGACUCGAUAUGAGUUAAAAAAAAAAAAAAAAAUCUAACAAUGAAAUGCAAAUGGUUUCUUCUUUUUUUUUCCUCCAAACGAAGUCUUUCCAGUAGCAAGUGCGGUGGCUAAAUUCUACCGGUAAAAUAAAAGUGUUUGAGACUUCUUGGUUGGGUCAGCGAUGCCCAUAUCCCAGACAGGCCAGGAUAGGCAAAGCACCACAUGACCUUUUUGCACAAGGGACUGAUGGGAGGUGAAGACCAAAGUGGGUUAAACAUUCUCCAACAACCUGAUGCGCUAGGGACUUCAUAUCCUAUGAGCCCCUCUGUAAAGCCUUUUAUUAUGUUCAAUGAAUUGUGUGCAGCUCAAGGAUGAGCUCAACAGGUAAAAUGUCACGGAUUGUUUCACGGAGGUACUCAUUGGAAAUGGAGUCCAGAGCUUCGUCUGCUAGUGUAAUGUAUUCCACAGCUCAUUAAUAUGGACUUCCACUGGCACAGUCACAGAAUCUCACCCAUUUGCUUGGUUGACUCACCCCCCCCAGUUCUUGAAGAAGACCAUGUGACUCAUCCUGUCCUAUCCAUGGUGUGGUGGACCGGCUCAGUACUAACUCUCAGGUAGAGACAGGGAAACAGUUUGUGCAGAAAAAUCAGGGUCUCCCAGAAAACCAGGGGUGAUGUUUGUCAGUCUGUAUUUAUGUGCGUGUAAUGGGUGAAUGUUUGUAUGGCGAUUUUUGUGUGUGUGUGUGUGUGUGGGUGUGUGUGUGCGUGUUUUUGUGUAUGGAUGAAUCUGUGUGUGUGAUUUAAGUGCAUGUCUCUUAAGUGCUUCCUAAUUUUCAAGGUCAGUAUUGACCUGUCUUUUUUGGAUAUAAUGAAGUAGCCUCUUGGACAUACUGUAAAAUAGACAAGCAGUCCCACGUCAUUAUUUUAACAAAAAUGAGUGAUAUUUGUGUGUAUAAAAGGAAGUUUGAAAAAGGUGUUCCUUUAAGCAUGCAGACACGAGUUCAUUAAUAUAGAUGUAGAUCUAAAUUCUAUUAUUUUUUUAUUUAUUUAUGACUGUUUUUUACUGUUUGAAUUAUGUUUAUUGUUAUUUGUGCUACUCUUAUGUUAAGAAUAUAUUAUAUAAAAUGUAUCACAUUACAUAUAUGCAUAAGCAUAUAUAUCACAAUGUAUGUAAUUGGUCGCAAUAUGAGUUUUUAAGAGUUCCUCAGAAUCUAUGGCAUUUUUUUUCCCAAUGAGGAAAGCAUUACUGAAAACGGACUACAUUCAAUUCAAACCUCAAAUAAACAGAGGAGCCAUUGGUCUGUCCUGAAAAAAAAAACGGUUAAAUAUGGGUCUUCAUUAAAGGCAAGCGUUUUACCACAACUCACUGCCCUUCCAGUGAAUGGUAGAGGUUCCAAAACAGACACUCUACUAUGGAGCAGAAGUCUGUGGAGAAGUAUGGAGCCAAGAGAAAAACAAAAUGUGCUGGCUGAAUUUUGAGCCAGUGUUUCCCCCAACGUCACCAUAAUGUUCCCUGGACAUUUCCCUGAUAUUUCACUUGGAAGUCUGCACACACACAAUGGCUGCUCUCGAGGGCAGCAGCUGGCUCUUGUCUGGGUGGAGCUGUUGAUGCUCAGCGUUUCUAACGUCAGGUUUGUUGGGAUCCCCUGAAAAGGCACGACGGCAGAUGUCAGUGGAUUGAGGAGGAGUAGGUUACCCUUUGUUGGCUUGAGUAAAUCUGGAUAUCCCUGUCCCCAACCAGGUAAAAGGUACAUCAGUUUUUCAUAGCAUCACUGGAAAGACAGUGAAGACCUUUCUGCAAACACAUGGAGUCAACUAGACAGAAAAAGGGCAUGGAUUUCAGUGAAGUGUACAACUGGAACUACAUUUCAGCCAAGGUUAAGUGUAGUCACCACUGUAAGAAUCAAGUCCAUUGCCAUUUUCCUGAAAAAAUGCACAACUGAUGGGUCACAAUGAGUGUGUAUAACUCCAGAGAUGUUUGCACAGCCAUUAUUUCUUAAUAGCAUUUGACACUAUUAUCUAUUUUCGCACCACAGUGUUCAUAGUUUCUUUUUUACAUUUUACAUUUUAAUUUUAAUGAAACAAACUGCUGUUUUUUAUUGAUUUGCACUGCAAAAAAUCAUUUGAAGCUGGGGUUUAUCUCUGGUACAACGGAAAUCAGUUUUAUUUCAAUAAUCAGCCUUAAUUAAUAUCCAGAUAAUUGAGCACAAAGUAGUCUCAGGGUAAGGGAUAUCAAAUUUAAACUGAGGUAACGUGUAGAAAAAAUGACUAAACUACGGUUAUGAAUUCAGUUUCCAAUAGCAAGGUAAGGACCAGUUUGAGACUUCAGACAAAAUCCAAAUUGCCCAGUCUUUUGUCACAUUAUAUCCCAUGUUGUUAUUUUAUUACUUUCUUGUUAUUUUAUUUAUUGAUAAGUGAUCCCAAAUAUCUAAAAUCAUGUUUGUUGGUUUCUUGGUGGGAACAGAACUGUAAGAUAUUACUUGCCUAAGAUAAUGUCUAGCUUCAAGAUGAAUUUUUUAAUCGUGAGUUUUGAGCUAUAGACUCACCUAUUUUUGUGCACUGUGAUACAGUAAGCAUUGGUAUAACUUUAUUUGCCACCAGAAAUGUAAUCAUGUAAAUCACUUGAGAACAAUUAUAAAGCCAUUAUUACCACACUUUUAACUGGAGGUAAGCCAAGCUAAUUACUUUGUGGUAAACCCUUUCUUUUCAGAAUGUAAACAGACACCUGUACCUUAUUAUUUACAGAUUACAUGCACCUUGGUGUAACAACACAAUUCACAAAUAAACUCACAGACAUGGUAUAUUUGCACUUUGAAGAUGCAUUGUUUUAAUAUUUACCUUGAUUUAACUUGUCUGUCACAUAAAUUAGCUGCAGCUGUGGGUGAACAUUAUCAGUAUGCCCUGACGUUUAAAUUUGUUUCAUAAAGUGACAAAGCUGAAACAUGUGGAAACAGUAAAUUGCCAAAACAAGGAUCGUGUGACAAUCCAGGGGGGUUUCAGAAAUGAAUAGAUAGUUUGUGUAUAAGCAGAUAAUAUCACUAAAAUUAAUAUUUGUAAAUAGAUGAAUGUUUCCCUAUGUAAAAAAAUAAUAAAAUAACAUUAAACAAA